AUGGAAGCAGGAGAUGAAUCUUUCACUCAAAAAAAGGAGAAAGCCAAGAAAAAGAAACCCAAGCUCUUAAACAAGUUUGAUAAGACGAUAAAAGCUGAACUUGAUGCUGCUGAAAAACGAAGGAAAAGGGGAAAAGUCGAAGAGGCUUUGAAGGCAUUUGAAACCCUGGUAGCUGACUAUCCGCAGAGCCCAAGAGCCAGAUAUGGCAAAGCUCAGUGUGAAGAUGAUUUGGCUGAGAAGCUAAGGAGCAAUGAUGUUCUCCUACGUGCUAUUGGUUCCUAUGAAGAAGUGUCCACAUUGCCCAAUGUGCCUGCAGAUCUAAUGAAACUGGCACUGAAAAGACGGGCAAACCGACAGCAGUUCCUAGGCCGUACAAGAGGAUCUGUGGUCACCCUCCAACAGCUAGUCCAGCUGUACCCUGAUGAUAUCUCACUGAAGAAUGACCUUGGUGUCGGCUACCUCCUUCUUGGUGAUAACAAGAAAGCCCAAGAAGUGUAUGAACAGGUUUUAUUACAGGAUCCCAGUAAUGGAUUUGCCAAAGUACAUUAUGGAUUUAUCCUCAAAGCAGAUAACAAGAUUGCUGAAAGUAUUCCUUUCUUAAGAGAAGGGCUAUUGUCUGGCGAGCCUGGUACUGAUGAUGGUCGUUUUUACUUUCACUUGGGGGAUGCCCUACAGAGAGCAGGAGAUAAAGAGGCAUACACGUGGUAUGAGGCCGGCUACAAGAAGGGACAUUUUGCCUCAGUUUGGCAGCGAUCUUUGUACAAUGUAAAUGGACUGAAAGCCCAACCAUGGUGGACUGCAAAGGAAACUGGCUACACGGAUCUAGUGAGGACUUUGGAAGCCAACUGGAAGAUAAUUCGUGAUGAGGGGCUUGCUGUAAUGGAUGAAACCAAAGGCUUUUUCGUUCCCGAAGAUGAAAAUCUGAGAGAAAAGGGAGACUGGAGUCAAUAUACAUUGUGGCAGCAAGGUCGGAAAAAUGAAAAGUCCUGUAAAGCUGCACCUAGGACAUGUGCUUUUCUUGAAAGAUUUCCUGAAUCCACUGGAUGUCGCAGGGGGCAGAUCAAAUACUCAAUCAUGCACCCUGGAACUCAUGUGUGGCCCCACACGGGGCCAACAAACUGCAGACUGCGGAUGCACUUAGGAUUGGUUAUACCGAAGACUGGUUGUAGAAUAAGAUGUGCCAAUGACACCAGGAGCUGGGAGGAAGGCAGAGUGCUGAUUUUUGAUGACUCUUUUGAACACGAGGUGUGGCAAGAUGCUGACUCCUAUCGGAUGAUAUUUAUUGUGGACGCUUGGCACCCAGAGCUUACACAGCAUCAAAGGAAGACUCUGCCAGCCAUUUAAAUGUGAAGUGAAUGGGUUUACAGAGUCUAAUCAGAUGAAGGAAAAGUGAAAUUGUAAAGCACUAAACACACACUGAUUUCACUACUACAUAUACAGUAUGGUUAUACCUGAUAUAUUUCUUGUACAUACAAUAUCA